UGCAUGACAAAACAAAAUAUUGAGCUAUAUAUCUACUAGCUAGAAUAAAUUAAAUCUAAGUUAGAACUUAGAAGAAAGGGUGAUAAUGGAGAGCACAACAAGCGAGCUUUACUUUGUUUUCAUGAAUUAUGAUCCGGAAUAUGAGCGUCUUCGGGCUGAUCGAACAAAGAAAGGAGCGUAUGAACUAGAUUCAUAUCUAAGCAGGAAGCAUGAUGAGUUGUUGGCAAGCACUCUUGAGCCUGGAAGCUACAAAAAGACCUUGUCCUUGGUCAUCGUUGAUGGUUUUGCAGUCGAAAUAACAGACGAACAGGCCAAUGUGCUUAGAUCUGCAAAGGGGGUGAGAGUUGUGGAGAAAAAUCAAGAGCUUGCUUAAUUAGAGCAACUGGCACAGGAUUAAGAAGUUAGUUUGCAGUCCUGGAUUUGUACAUGUAGGCCAACCCAUUUGAUUUCAUCUCGCAUUAGAUGUUUCAAGAACGGUAAUUUAUUAUAAGGUUAGCUGAUGAAUUCCCAGAGAGAGAUCUGAAUCCAGAAAUCUCUCCAUUUAUUUCAUCACAAUGCCACCUAGCUAUAUAUAUAUAUAUUUACUUCUGAGAUGUGUUGAGAAUUGCUUGUGUAUACACUUUAUAUUCUCUUGUCUGAUAUUUGAUCUUAUACCAAUUAAUCGUAUGGAUUCUGAUGGUUUUAAUUGGUGGUUCCAUUAGAAUCAAUGUAGUAGGAAAUUUGCUUCCUAUAUAUUGAGUAAAUCAACAUAAUAUAAUGUUUAUUUGGCU